CUACAUACAUAAACCGUCUUUACAUAGAAACUGCUAACCCUCUUACGCAUCUCUUCUCCCAAACAUCCUCACAACUAGGCGCAGCAGCUGGACUCAUACGUUGUCUUAGUAUGUGGAGGAUCAAUUGAUGGCAUUUCCUUCUUCUUAUUAGCAUCAUAAGCCUCUCCUUCUAUUUCUAACAGCCCACCUUCAUUCAAAUUCCACGGUCUUUUCGGAAUCCCUGUGCGCCAUAUCCGGCCGAAUCGCUCUCUUUCAAUAAACCAUCUCUAUGAUCUCACUGUAAACCUAGAAAUAUAUAUCGAACGUCUCCCUUUUCGCCGACGUGCUAUGCGCAUCGGUAACAUACUAUACUUUCGAUGUACCAUCUCCGUCGCUUGACCAUCGUCGCCGCCGUCGUCGGUGUCGUCAUCUUCCUAGUCACCUUCUUACCUCAAGCCCUCAACCCCGUUCCGCCGAGCAAGGAGAAGCGGGAAGCCGACCAGGCAUGGAUUAAUACCUCACCGCAUUGGUUAGAUCGUCAAGCUUGCCGCUGGUUUAGUCUUUGUGGUCUAUUGCACGUUAGGAGGGAUCCUCCGGAGAAGCCGAACCACGAUGACGAUGGCCAUGAAUUGAGGCUUGAGCUGAGACAAGUCUUAGAUGAGGAGUUAUCGGUUAUAUCAAGAGGGGGGCAUAAAGAUAACAAGUUAAGGAGCAUUCCUGAUUACGUUUUGAACUAUGCUCCGCUGGUUCACCUCUACUCUAAGGAAUUCUUCUGGCCCUCCGAUAUUGCCGAUCAUAUGCAACAUGUAGUACCGGACCUCAACGAAGAUAAAUGGCAGCAGUCCAACGAGUCGCGAUCUAUUGAAUUAUCGAAUUUGCACGAACUAAGUUCUAAGUUAGGCUUUGUGCAUCUCAACAGCAAGGACGACGUCGAAUCUCGUCCAGAAUGGCUCCACAGCAAGAACAAUAUUCCCGUCGCUUUUAGUGACGACGAUGACAAAAUCGAAGGACCGGAUAGAGAUUCUGAGCCUAACAGACGAUUCGGUGAAGAUACGACAUGGUACGAGGUGGACCGGGAUCAUCCUCUACACCGCAUCUCGGACCCCCGCAAACUACCGGCUGGCCUGUUCAAACCGUUAGGCUUUUUAAAACGGUCACGAGACCUUAAAUCUCGCCAGCAAGAACAGCAGAGGUUGUUAUCUCAAGAAGCGCAGGACAAAUUAAACAAUAUAAAUAAACCCGAUGAGUCCGGAUACUCUCGCGCACCAGCCACCCUUGUUAUGGUUGACAAGGGAUCCGGUAUUAUCGACGCCUUCUGGUUUUUCUUUUACGCAUAUAACCUGGGACAGACAGUCCUAGGAACCCGUUACGGAAAUCAUGUUGGCGAUUGGGAACAUUGCAUGAUCCGAUUCGAGUCGGGUGUUCCUCGCGCCGUCUUUUUCAGUGAGCACGAGGGUGGACAAGCAUAUGCUUGGCAUGCCGUAGAAAAGCGCGGAAACGAGACCGAAAUACAGAGACCGGUGAUCUACAGCGCUGUAGGGUCGCAUGCGAUGUAUGCGACACCUGGAAACCACCCAUACGUGUUGCCGUUCGGGAUGCUUAAAGACGUCACCGAUCGAGGUCCUCUUUGGGAUCCUUCUAGGAAUCUGAGGGGCUACUGGUACGAUUACGCGGCUCCCGAAGAUGACGAAAGCCUGGAGCCGGCAAAAGAGAACCCGGACGAACCGACGAGCUGGUUCCACUACAAGGGGACUUGGGGAGAUAAGCUGUACGGCCUAGACGACGUACGGCAGUGGCGAUUAUUCGGCCAAUACCACUAUGUGACGGGACCGCAAGGGCCUAAGUUUAAGAAUCUCGGUAGGGAAAAGGUCUGCCAGACCUGGAGGUGUCGGAUCAUACACAGCAUAGCAGAGGGCAAGAAAGGGAGCUGGCAUUCAUAAGAGAAAGAAAGAAAGACAUGGGGCACGGCAUACCGAUAUACCAAUACCAAUACCAUAGAAAGGCGGCGUUAGGUUUUUCCAACGGAUUUAGAUACCCCAGCGGUAGUUGGGCCUGUUUUUUUUUCGAUGUUGUCUGUUUUGAAUACUUAGGUAUCUAUGUAUGAAUCUAUGCUAUGUAUGACGAAAAAAUUGAAUAUUGAAUUGUUUAUCUAGGUA